ACUGCAACCUCGAGGCCCGCCUCCCAGCACCAAAGAGGUGCAGGAAAGAGAGUCCGCCCGCCGCGGCCCGCCCGCCGGCUCCUCAAACAGCCCUUCGCCGGUCCUCCAAUCGCCCAGCGAGAAGAAAGAAAGAGCGUCCCCGGAAACCACCGAAACGCUGGGGUAGAGCGGCACAUGUUUUGCCUCUUUGCCGGUCCUCCUCCGUGGCCGUGCUCCUGCGGAAAAGGACCUUGGGCUCCCCCUCUGCCCGGGCGGCCAGCGGGAGCUGUACGAAGCUGCAGUGGGGAAGUCGGCGACGUUACGUGGCAUUGACCCAGAGCUCUGAGACUCCUCAGCACAAUGACUCAAGCAGAAAUUAAACUGUGUUCUUUGUUGCUGCAAGAGCAUUUUGGAGAGAUCGUAGAAAAAAUUGGAGUCCACCUAAUCAGAACUGGCAGCCAGCCACUAAGAGUUAUUGCCCAUGACACAGGAACAUCGUUGGAUCAGGUAAAAAAAGCCCUUUGUGUCCUCAUCCAGCAUAACCUGGUGAUAUAUCAGGUGCACAAACGUGGUGUGGUAGAGUAUGAAGCCCAGUGCAGCCGGGUGUUGCGAAUGCUUAGGUAUCCCCGGUACAUCUAUACUGCCAAAACACUGUACAGUGACACUGGAGAGCUGAUUGUUGAGGAGCUCCUGUUGAAUGGCAAGAUGGCAAUGUCAGCUGUCGUGAAGAAAGUAGCAGAUCGGCUCACAGAGACUAUGGAGGAUGGCAAGACCAUGGACUAUGCUGAGGUCUCAAACACAUUUGUGCGACUAGCAGACACACACUUCGUGCAGCGUUGCCCCUUGGUUCCUGCCACUGAGAAUUCAGACCCUGGGCCACCGCCACCUGCCCCCACUCUUGUCAUCAAUGAAAAGGACAUGUACCUGGUUCCUAAACUGAGCUUGAUAGGGAAAGGUAAAAGGAGGAGAUCAUCUGACGAAGAUGCAACUGGGGAGCCCAAGGCCAAGAGACCAAAACAUAACACAGAUAACAAAGAGCCCAUUCCAGAUGAUGGGAUUUAUUGGCAGGCCAACCUUGACAGAUUCCACCAGCACUUCCGUGACCAAGGCAUUGUCAGUGCAGUUGCCAACAGGAUGGACCAGGUGAUAUCUAAGUGGGUGGGACAGUGGCUAUCAGGAAUAUUCACUUAUUUGCAGAUGUGGCCAUUGGCAUAUAGCCAAAGCCAGCACAGCAGAGUGAAUUCUGAUUUCCAGUUCACUUUUCAAACCCAGACCAGCAGCGAGAUUGUGCGGACCAUGCUCCGGAUGAGUGAGAUUACCACUUCCUCUAGUGCCCCCUUCACCCAGCCAUUGUCUUCCAACGAGAUCUUCAGAUCCCUACCUGUUGGCUAUAACAUCUCUAAGCAAGUUCUUGAUCAGUAUCUCACUCUGCUGGCAGAUGAUCCACUUGAGUUUGUUGGAAAGUCUGGCGACAGUGGUGGAGGAAUGUAUGUCAUCAACCUACAUAAGGCUCUAAGAUCUCUAGCCACAGCCACUCUGGAGUCGGUCGUACAAGAGAGAUUUGGGUCUCGCUGUGCCAGAAUAUUCCGUCUAGUUUUACAAAAGAAACACCUGGAACAGAAACAGGUAGAAGACUUUGCAAUGAUUCCAGCAAAGGAGGCAAAGGAUAUGCUUUAUAAAAUGCUCUCAGAAAAUUUCAUAUCACUCCAGGAAAUUCCCAAAACACCAGACCAUGCCCCAUCCAGGACCUUCUAUUUAUAUACUGUGAACAUCCUGUCAGCUGCCCGAAUGUUGCUGCACAGAUGCUACAAGAGUGUAGCCAACUUGAUAGAAAGGAGGCAAUUUGAAACCAAAGAAAACAAGCGUCUACUGGAAAAGUCUCAGAGGGUGGAAGCCAUCAUUGCAUCUAUGCAGGCUACAGGUGCAGAGGAGGCACAGCUACAAGAAAUAGAGGAGAUGAUCACAGCCCCUGAACGCCAGCAGCUAGAGACCCUGAAACGUAAUGUCAACAAGUUGGAUGCCUGUGAGAUCCAGGUGGAUGAAACCAUCUUCCUGCUGGAGUCAUACAUCGAGAGCACCGUGAAGAGACAAUGACCCAGAAGAAGAGUCUUCCUCAGAAGAUCUGAGGGGAUUGGAAGGAAGAAUAAAGGAGGUGCCUAGAUGCAUUCUUUGCAGUAGGAUAAGUUCCAGAUUCUUGUACUGAAACCCUCUCUCUAUCCCUACCACCCAGAAUACACUAGAAAGAGUUUGACAUAUUUUUUUAAGUUUGCUGAUCCUGUUUUAGAAUCAUCACUAUAUUCUACCCUCAUCAAAUCUUGGCAGGGGAAAGAACCUUAAAUCAACUAGAUUAAUCAUCUAUCAGAUGCAUCAGUUCCCACCAAGAAGUCAGCUAAGGCUGUGUUUGAACAUCCCUGACAGUGAGAAAAACUUCUUCCUAAGCUGUUCGUUCCAUUUUCAAAAGGCUACACCUGUUCUUUACUUUGUUAAACUGUAAUCUUAAAUACACACACACACACACACACACACACACACACACACACAAUGUAGGGAAUGUGAAAGACUACCACAGAGGGGGGAUAAAUCUAUUUUCAGGGCUAGCAGGUGGUUUGGCCCAAGCAGUCACACUAGAAUCUAUGGAUAAAAGUUCCAUUUGCCAGCUCUGGGCUUCUAACACAUCUGAAAUUAUGUAUGUGAAACACUUAGCACAAUGCCCGGCAUGUGGUAAGCACUCAAUAAAUCACUGCCUUCCUCUUCACCAUGGUUCCUAAAAACUGGCAAUUCUAACUUCUCUCUCCUAGUACCAUGGAUAGAUGACUAAACUAGUUGACAUAAUUUGUCCCAGCAGCUUCAGUUUCAUUUAAAGCAGGAGUUGUUUUAUAAUCUCUUUAGUUUCCUCUUACCAAUGUUAGUUCUAAUUCAUUAAACAUUUGAAUGCCAAUUAAUUACCAGCCACUAUACUAGAUAUAAUAUACAAAGAUAAAUACAAUACCAUCUCUGCCUUCAAGGCACUUACCAUCAUUUACCGAGCACCAGUUAUGUGCCCGGUAUGUCCCCAGGCCUUGGGGAUGCAAAGAUGAAGAGCCUUGAGCAUACAGCCUAGUGGAGGGAGACAAAUAAGUACAAGGAAGUGUUGGGGGGCUAUAGUGGGAAAGUAUCAUGUACAGAGGCAAUGGGGAAAAGGGUCAGGCAGGAAAGGGAGCAUAGAGAAGGUGACACAAUCCGUAUUUUGAAAGAUGGGGAUUUGCCAGGUGGAAGGGAAAAAGGAUCCCAGAGGGAAGCAGAGCCUGUUUCUUGAGGGAACAGAGAAUAACAUGUGACUGAAAAACAGGGCAUAAGUCCUACCAGAAUUGACAGGCAGGGGCAAGGACUGGUGGGUACUUGCUACGCUGUGUUAAGUAGCUUAUCCUGAGAGCAGUGGGAAGCAAAAUGAGCAGAUUUGUAUUUUAGAAAGAUCACUCUGGCCGCACUGUAGAGAAUGAAUUGGUGGAGGCAGGACUAUUUAAAGACUUGUAAUAGUAUCUCAGGCAGAAUAUGAGGAAGGCUUGAACUGGGCAGUGGUGGCUGGAGAUUAAGACAUGGAUUUGAGAAAGUUUAAGGAAGUAGAACCUGCUGCACUUGGUUGCCAUUUGAGUGAAAAGAAAGGGAAGGUGGGACUUCCCUG